AUGAAGGCAAUGUGAUCCGUCGAAAUUUGUUGUUUAAUAUUAAUCCGAACAGUUACUGCUAGUUUUUUUUAUAACUAGCUAAAAGUUAUUAGUUGGUGACAACGUCUAAAACACAUUUUACAAGAUUUACUUAAGAAGAACCGUAAUAGAAAACUUCAUCAGCAACCAGGAAGAUGGAGUCAAGUUUGAACAAAAUUUUAAAUAUGAACCGACAACAACUCAGUGGUCAAUUGUACAAGUAUACUAAUGUUGUCAAAGGAUGGCAGUAUCGAUGGUUUACGGUGGAUGCUCAAGCGGGAUUGCUUAGCUAUUAUCUGUGUGAGCCAUCUAAUGAUGACUCAAAUCCAAAUAUCAUAGGAAAUUCACCUCGAGGUCAAGUUCAUUUGGCAGGUGCAGUGAUAUGCCCUAGUGACGAGGACUCUAAAACAUUCACGGUCAAUUGUGCAUCGGGCGAUAUGUUGAAGUUGAGAGCAGGAGAUGCCCGGGCCAGACAAGAAUGGGUAGACGGAUUGAGAGCCAUCGUAGAAAGUCAUUCGAAUUCUGCUACUUCAUUACCACCGAGAGAUCAGCUUGCUGCACACGAUGCAUUUGGAGCCGCUCGGCAACAAAUGCAACAAACCGAACUAAGCAAUGCAGCCCUAGCCCGUGCAAUCGAAAAUGUAUCGGAUCCCCUAGUACACACAGAUCCUGAUUUAUUGAUGCUGAAAGCUCUUUCUGCAGCAAAUACGCAUUGUUUACUUCAGUGUCUAGGUUUGCUUCAAAGGCAUCAUGAGCUUGAGCCUACAUUUUCAAGCCUUUAAGAUGCAUUUAUACAUUUUCAAACUCAUUCUCGCUCACAUCCAAAACUUGCUGCUUAAAAAAUUUAUCGCGCAAUCAAAUGUUGCAUGUUUAAGUAAAACUGACA